AUGGCGUUCUUAAAUCGCCGACAAUUAUCCAGCUCGCCAAUGUUAUCCCUCGUGGUCCUCCCAUUCCUUAUAUUCCUCCUCAGCUUUGCUGGGCCAGCUUCUGCCGCCGGAUCGGCCGUCCUGGGUAUCGACAUCGGCACGGAAUAUUUCAAGGCUGCCCUUGUGAAACCCGGCAUUCCUCUCGAGAUCGUCCUUACUAAAGAUUCGAAGCGCAAGGAGUCCGCUGCUAUUGCUUUCAAGCCCACAAGAGAGAGCGAUGCGCCUUUCCCCGAACGGUUCUAUGGUGGUGAUGCGCUCGCCCUCGCGGCUCGGUACCCGGACGACAUUUACAUCAACUUGAAGACUCUGUUGGGCGUUCAGUUCAACGAUGGCCAGGAUGAGGCGGUUAAGACGUACUGGAGCCGAUUCCCCGCGUUGAAAUUGGAGGCCGCGCCCGAUGGUCGUGGCUCUGUUGCUCUCCGCAGCAACCGGCUAGGAGAGGCUCAGAAGAAGGAGGCCUUCUUGGUUGAGGAGAUUCUGGCAAUGCAGUUGAAGCAAAUCAAGGCUAAUGCUGAUGCGUUAGCUGGAAAGGGAUCCGAUGUCCGUGAUGUUGUCAUUACCUACCCAGUGUUCUACACCGCGGAGGAGAAGCGCAGCCUCGAGUUGGCGGCUGAGCUGGCGGGCCUGAGAAUCCAGGCUCUUGUUAGUGAUGGACUAGCCGUGGGCUUGAACUACGCCACCAGCCGUACUUUCCCCAGCGUUUCUGAUGGCGAGAAGCCCGAAUACCAUAUCGUGUAUGACAUGGGUGCUGGAUCUACCACUGCGAGCGUUUUGCGGUUCCAGAGCCGCAAAGUUAAAGACAUUGGCAAAUUCAACAAGACUAUUCAGGAAGUUCAUGUUGUUGGAUCUGGUUGGGACAAGUCGCUUGGAGGCGACUCCCUAAACGACCUCAUUGUGGACGACAUGGCCGCCCACUUGGCUGAGCACAAGAAUAUCAAGGGUAAGGCUACUUCAGCUGAAAUCAAGGCGCACGGAAAGACUAUGUCCAGACUCUGGAAGGAUUCGGAAAAGCUUCGACAGGUUUUGAGCGCCAACACCGAGACUUCGACAAGCUUCGAGGGACUGUACUACGAGGACGUUAACUUCAAGUACAAGCUGACCCGUGCCAACUUUGAGAAGAUGGCUGCUGAAUAUUUCGCCCGCAUUGGAACCCCUGUGGAGCAGGCUUUGACAGCGGCCGGCCUUCAAUUGAGUGAUAUCGAAUCCGUCGUGCUUCACGGUGGAGCCAUCCGCACACCGUUCGUCCAGAAGCAAUUAGAGAACUUGGUCGGCUCAUCUAAAAAGAUCAGAACAAACGUCAACGCUGAUGAGGCGGCUGUGUUUGGUGCUGCCUUCAAGGGAGCCGCUUUGAGCCCUAGUUUCCGUGUUAAGGAUAUUCGCACCGGUGACGCCGCUUCGUACCCCAUCUCCUUGAAGUGGAACUCAGAUGGUAAGCAGAGAAACCAGAAGCUGUUUACCGCCACUUCCCAGGUUGGCCCUGAGAAGCAAGUCACUGUGAAAAACCUGGAGGAUUUCGAAUUCAGCUUCGCUCAGCAUGUUACCCAGGAUGAAGAACACCCUAUUCUCAGUGUCCAGACCCAGAACCUUACUGCGUCUGUUGCCAAGCUCAAGGAUGAUUUCGGCUGCACCAAUGCAAACAUUACCACGAAGUUCACGAUCCGCCUCAGCCCUGUGGACGGUCUUCCCGAAGUCAUUGCUGGCACCGUUAGCUGCGAGGUGGAAGCCGAAAAGAAGGGAAUUGUCGAAGAUGUUAAAGGCUUCUUCGGCCUUGGCAAGAAGGACGAGCAGGAGCCUCUCGGCGAAGAUGGCGAACCUCGUGAAUCGAUCACCCUCGAGCCCGAGAUGGAGUCCUCUACUACAUCCUCCACUAGUCCCGAGACCACCACCACUUCCACCAAGGACGGAAAGAAGGACACAAAGAAGGACACAAAGAAGGACGCAAAGAAGGACGCAAAGAAGGACGCAAAGAAGGAUGCAAAAGCCACCCCUCAAGUCAAGCUUGAAGUCAUCCCGAUCAGCUUGAAGUCUGUGGCGCUUGGAACUCCAGCGCCAUCAGUCGCCGAGCUUGGCCGCAUUAACGGCCGCCUUCUUGCUUUUGAUAAUUCGGACCGUGAGCGUAUCCUGCGCGAAGAGGCUCUUAACGAAUUGGAAUCAUUCAUCUACCGUAGCCGAGACCUCGCCGAUAACGAGGAGUUUAUCAAGGCAGUCAAGCCGGAUCAGCUGACCGCUCUCUCCGAGAAGGUCUCCAAGGCCAGCGAUUGGCUGUACGAAGAGAGCGACAACGCCAAGACUGCCGAUUUCCAGUCGAAGCUCAAGGACCUGAAGACCAUCGUCAACCCUGCACUGAAGCGGAUGAAGGAGAGCUCUUCUCGCCCAGCACGCGUGCAGUUGCUUCAGGACAUGCUCAAGAAUGCUGAAUCCAUGAAGGAUUUGAUUAAGAACCAGAUCGACAACGAUGAGCAGCUUUACUCCUCUUCCCUCUCAUCCGCAAGUGCCUCCUCCACCUCCACUUCCACUGAGACCAGCUCAUCGACCCCAGCCCCGGCCACUUCUGACGAGGCUGUCGAUGAUCUCGAUGAAGACCCAUACUCUACUUCUUCAUCUUCUACCACAUCUACUAAGAGUGCUGCUACGGCCAAGCCAACAGGCCCCAAGUAUUCCCUCUUCACUCCUGCCGACCUCACGGCCAUAACCGAGGCUUACGAGUCCACCAACCCCUGGCUCGAGACCCAGCUCAGUCUGCAAGAGAAGCUUGGCGAGUCCGAUGAUCCGGCUUUCACCGUCGUGGAGGUUGACUCGCGGCUUCGCGAGUUCGAGCGUAUUCUUAACCGCAUGUACGAGAGGAUGACUUCAGCCGCUGGCCAGCAGAAGAAGAGCAGCAGCGGCAACGGUAAGAAGGCAACAAAGGAAAAGAAGAAGCCCGAGGCCGAGAAGACCAAGGGCAAGGGCAAGGAUCAGCCCAAGGAUCAGCCCAAGGAUCAGCCCAAGGAGAAGGAGGAUCUUCCCAAAGAUGAGCUGUAA